ACGAAAUACAUUUGUGUCACACCAAUUUUAGUCCCAGAUUGGUCCCCUCGGGUCCUCUUCACCAACUGUCCAUCGCUGUCCACUUCCGUGUUCGAAAAUGCCUAGAGACCGCGAUGAUGAUCGUCACGCACGUUCAAGAAGCCCGAAACGUGAUUCACAAGGAAAUACUCGAGACAGAUACUCUUCACGACGCUCAAAAUCCAGAUCACCGUCUCGUUCGAGGUCGCCGAGACGUUCCACCAAAUACCGAGAUGUGAGUGGGGAAAGAGACUCCCAUAGGGAAAGACGAAGCAGGAGGAGUCGUAGUCGCAGUGGAAGCAGAAGCCCCGUCACCAAAAGGCGUAGGUUCUCUACGUCUCCCUCGCGUUCAAGAUCGAGAGACAGAAAGAAGCGGAAAGGUAGAGCAGACUCCGUCUCUAGUGUUUCAUCCUCGGACUCUGAGCGGAGGAGGCGGAAGAAGAAGAAGGACGAAAAACGGAGUAAGAGCAAAGAGCGGGAGCGAAAGGAAAGAAAGGAACGGAAACGAGAGAAGAAAGAGAGGAAAGAGAAGAAAAAGAAAGCUGGUGCCCACGCAUCACAAUGGGGCAAAUAUGGUAUUAUUUCCGAGGUCGAUAUCUUCUCAAAGACUUCGGAAUUCCAAACAUGGCUCGUCGAAGAACGCAAAAUCAAUCCCGAAACAAUUUCGAAAGAUCAAAAUAAAAAGGAAUUUGCGCGAUUUAUAGAGGACUACAAUACCGCAACGCUACCGCAUGAGAAAUAUUACAAUAUGGAAGCAUAUGAGAGGAGGAUGUCUGCACUGCGUGCUGGAGAAUAUCUGCCUCCUGCAGAUGAUCAUUACGACCCUUCGGCAGACAUGAAAGCUCUAAGUAAUGCUCACAAGAAGAAGGGCGCCGAUAGCUCUACCUACCUUAGCAAGGAGCGUCUAAUGGAGCUUAGAAAGGUGCAGAAUGAGCGUGUGGAGGCCGGAAAAAUGAAGUUGUUAGGCAUGGACAUUAAGCAGAAUAUGGGUGUCAGGAUGGAUGGCACAGUGUUUGACGAUUAACUUGUUCUACUGGACAUUGUUGUACUUUCCCCUGUAUUGAAAUGUAAAUGCUGCUGCUAUAGAGCUUCAAAUUUCAAAGUCCAAUUUUUCCCGACUGUAUGUAACGUGGGUGACGUCAGAAUCCUUGUACUUACCCUUCCACCUUUUUUGCAACAACUAAAAUGGUGGAUAUACUCGUUCUCGGUGCAACUGGCGUUACAGGUCGACAGGU